CACGAAGCAAGUUGGGGUCUUCCACCUCCCGAAAUCUGUCUCAACCCCGGGUAGAGCAGCCAGUUAGAAUCUACUGCUGGAACAAGCUCAAUACGCCUUGAAGCUUGAUGCAGUGCUUAGAUCGCGCCAAAGCCACGAGGGCACCGCAUAACACGGCAUACGGGGACGCAACAGCUCCUGCUCGUGAAUACAAAGGCGAGCGCGCCCAGUCUUAGGCAGCUUUGUAAACAGCUCUUUGCUCCUUUUGCAAGCUUCCCCAUUGUCCCCGUCCUCUUCAAUUGGCCUCCUCUUUCUCCAAGAACCUCUUAAGUCUACAGACACUUCCUCUGUCAUUGAUUACUCUGAAUAUCUUCGCAUCAUGUUCUCCGACGCUUUUGCGCUAUUUUCUCUUCUUCCUCUCAGUACCGCCCACUUCCUUCUGACCUAUCCAGCGGCGAGAGGCUUCUCGGACGACAAGGCAGGUACAUUCCCCUGCGGUGGCUUCGACACAGUUAGCUCCAACCGUACCUCGUUUCCCAUCAAUGGCGGGCCAAUUCAAUUGGACAUGCACCACACGCAGACUAAAGUUGAAGUCCUGUUGGCCGUGGGCUCGGAUCCCGGGAGUAAUUACAAUAUUGUCCUGCGACACACGGUAGCUCAGGAAGGUCUCGGGAAAUUCUGCUUGGGCACGGUCAAUGUUCCUAGUGAGUUGAACAUCACAGACGGCACGCCUGCGACAAUCCAGGUUGUCUCGAACGGCGAUCCAGAUGGUGGUCUUUACCAGUGCGCAGAUGUCACGUUGACCACCAAAUCGCUCGACACCAAUGAGUACAAGUCCAAAUGCACGAACGGCACUGGUGUCAAGGUCACGAGCGAAAACAUCAAAGGCAACCCAAAUGAAACCACAAACGCAAGCCCCUCGUCUACUGGAGCAGCAGCUUCUGCGAGUCGCACGGGACUCGCAGCCCACCCGACGGUGGCCUCCUGGAUUAUGGGCAAAGGCACCCCGCGCAGGAAAGUCAAGAAGGUUCACAAGAGCGCCGGCACCGACGACAAGAAGCUUCAGACAUCGCUGAAGAAGCUCAAUGUCCAGCCUAUCCAGGCUAUUGAGGAGGUCAACAUGUUCAAGAGUGACGGAAACGUCAUCCACUUCUCUGCGCCAAAAGUGCACGCCUCCGUACCCGCGAACACCUUCGCCAUCUAUGGCAACGGCGAGGACAAGGAGCUGACCGAACUUGUUCCCGGUAUCCUCAACCAACUCGGGCCUGACUCACUGGCCUCUCUUCGCAAGCUCGCCGAGAGCUACCAGAGCAUGCAGGAGAAGAAGGGCGAAGGCGAGGACAAGAAGGAUGAUGACGAUGAUGACGACAUCCCGGACCUUGUAGCCGGUGAGAACUUCGAGUCGAAGGCUGAAGUCGAGUAAAUUCCGCCUUCUGGUGGCGUGUUGGUGGAGGGGAGCUGUGUGCAGAGCUAUUAUGGGCUAGAGACAGCGUAGCCUGCACUGUGAAUUCGAAAUGAAGGACUGCAGAUGCUGUACCUAUCAUAUCUCCUCAUCUGUGGCAGUCGCGGCGGAUCUCUUGUGACAUGCGGACACCGGACUGGCGUUUUCUCAUUUUGCAACGAUAUGGAAAUGGAAAAGUUCCUGGAGAAUCCAUCUUAAACUUGAACUACCUGAAAAGCACACCCAUUUC